AUGUCGACAUCUCGGAGCCCCAAUUUUGGCGUCAUCAUUGACUCGAGCACCCGCCGCUUUGCCUGUGACCAGUGUCAUUUCCAGAAAUUGCGCUGCACAAGACCCGAUGAUAGCAAUUCUUGUGCGCGUUGCUAUCGCCUAAAGAGGCCCUGUGUUUGGAGUUCCCCGCUUCGCAGCGGCCGACCACCUAAGAUCCCACGUCUUGCAGCGGAUACUGCAACUGACACGACAGACGCAACAGACGCAUCCGACGCACCAGAUGGUACAACACGCACUCCCCCGCAGGCGGACAUUCCGCGCGUAGUGUUCGCAGAGGAUGCCACUGUCGACCCUCCCUCAGCAGCAACAACCACAGUAGGAGCAGCAGCAGACUCUGCGCCAGCACUGACACCUGCGGAGACACCAUCAUAUAUACUCGACUGGAGCUUCUCCGAAUUUUUUGGCAUUCCAAGUCCACGCUCUCUUCCGGGUGACACUCAGUCUCAUGCAUUUGCGUUUCCCGUCCACCACCCCGGUGGUAUUAGCGUCGAACAGCCCCCAACGCCGUUCGCCCCGGAGUCCAUCACCGAGAACCACUCCCAUGACGCAACCCACAAACUGUCAGAGCUGAAUACUGCCCUCCUCAGACUCAACAACUCCCUGCACGGGGAGCCUUGGGCGAGCAUGUUUGAGUCUCCUUCCACCCUUGCUGCUCUCUUGGCCUCUUGCGAUCAACAAGCCACUAAGAUAGUCUACGAAUAUCCGCUCGUCGAGAUUUUCGAGAAAACGCAGGCUUUUACCAACCUUGCUAAGCUGACCACUGCCACACCGGCAUCCGCAGCAACUGGAGUCCAGCCUUCAUCUACAGCUACAGACUCGUUUCGGGGCAGCCCCAACAGCUGGACCUCGUCGUCCUGCAAUGCUGCGAUACUUAGAAAUCCGUUGACGCAAUCGUUCCCAAAGCGACCGGCAAAGAUAUCGAAGACUAGCGCCAAUCUCUCGAGCGCACUUGUUCUGGCAACGUGCUAUGCUCACAUACUUGACAUUUUUCUGACCGUUUUUACGCAAAUGUUAUAUUUCAAAGAAGCACUCGACGCCAUAGCCGCUUCGACUGGCAUUGAUUAUCGUGCCAAGAUCAAUCCAGUCAUUCCCCCACUGCAGUUCGGCGGGUUCCAGCCGACGCACAACGGGGCUCUGCAGACGCUCGUCAUAGUCCAGAUAGCCAUUUUUCUACUUGAUGAGAUAGAGCGUACACUGGGGAUUGAUGAGUGGGAGCGUUACGUAACGACGCCACGUGAAAUCAACCCUGACCACUCGUCUCAGUCGAGGCCAGCCAAGAGGUGGUGUGGUUUCGACUCUGAUGAUUUUCCCAGUCAGGACUUGCCGCCGCAGACAAACCCUAUCCUAGAAAGAACAGGCUUAACAUGGGAGAUGAUCGAGAUGGUGGUUCGGGAGGAUGACGAUUCCAAACCCGGAGGACGGCUAGGGAAAAUCGGAACACUUCGGAAGAUGGUUAAGAACAUAAAACAGACAACCAGACAGUGCUAA